UCUCUAUCACACAUCAGACUUUUCCCUGUGGAGCUGGAGAACAGGCUUCAAUGAAAACUGCCUGUUUGCAGCUAUAAGGAGAUUGCAGACACCACAAUCACAAUUUCCUCUGCCUGACCUGGAGCAGAAACUCCACCAGCAGGAUGGAAAGGUAGCAUUAUUGCCUAGCAAAGGUGGGAUGAUUUAUCUCUAUCUCUAGAUUGGUCCCUUUUCUUUGCUGUACAAGAGAAUUAUCAGACUUUCAAAGAGAAUGAAGCCAGGCUAGACAUCAGAGUGGAUGUGUGAAAGCUGCUUUCCCAGGGAGGAGAAGGAAUCACAGGAUUUCUGUGCUUUUUGUUGCUGUGCAGCUCAGGACGAUGGUUUUAUCUGCCCCAGUUAUUGCCCUGGGGGCUACCUUAGGGACUGCAACUAGCAUCCUUGCCCUCUGCGGUCUCACCUGCUUCUGCAAAUGCAAGCAACCUGGGAAAGGACUCUCAGAAAAAGACCAAGAUGAGGAUGUGGAAAAUGCUAAACCCAGUGUGCUUCAGCCAGCCCAGCAAUUCAGCGUUAAGAAGACUGCAGAACCAGUCCAGCCUCGAGCACUCUUGAAGUUUCCCAACAUAUAUGGCCCCAAACCAGUAGUAACUUCACCUGAAAUUGUUAACUACACACAGUACUCCCUGAAGACAACAGAAGAACCAGCUACUGGAAAACAUACCAGUUUGGAUGAGAACAGAAUAAAGAUACAAGUCAAUGAAGAGCUGUUUGUUCUUCCUCAAAACGUUCCAGGUGUGGUAAAGGAUGUGUGUGUCACUGAGCACUUGAACCCUGAGAGGGCAGCCAGCCACAACCAGGUCCCUGAACUGCGCUACUCCCUCGCAUAUGAUCGACAAAAAGCUGAGCUGCGUGUGGCCCUUCUUGAAGCAAUGCAUGGAAGGAUGAGCGGGGACCAAGACACUGGGUGCCAUUGCUAUAUACUGGGCUCACUGAUGAGCAAGUCUGGUAUCGUUGAAGCCCAGACGGAGCUGAAGAAGAAGACGCCUCACACUCUCUGGGAGGAGGUCCUGCUGUUCCCACUGGCUGAGGAAGAGGUGCCAGAGGGAACCCUGACUCUCACCCUGAGGAACUGCGACAAGUUCUCCAGACACAGCAUUGUGGGUGAGCUCAAACUGAGCCUUGCUAGCAUGGAGGACUCCUUUGGAACGGCCCAGUGGGAAAGACUAAAGAUUCCAGAGAAGGAGCCAUCUACAGGCCAUGGGGAGGUUCUGCUUUCCAUCAGCUACCUGCCAGCAGCCAACCGCCUGCUUGUGGUGAUAAUUAAGGCUAAAAAUCUGCAUUCCAAGCAGCUAAAAGAUCUACUUGGAAAUGAUGUUUCUGUCAAGGUGACACUGAGGCAUCAGUCCUUGAAGCUGAAGAAGAAGCAGACAAAACGUGCAAAACACAAGAUCAACCCUGUCUGGAAUGAGAUGAUCAUGUUUGAGGUGCCUCAUGAGCUGUUGCGUUCCUCUAGUGUGGAGUUAGAGAUGCUGAGCCAGGAUGGCGUGGGGCAGAGCCACAUACUUGGCAAGUGCAGCCUUGGCCUGCAUGUUGAGGGCACAGAGAGGAAUCACUGGGAAGAAAUGCUGAGAAAUCCCAGGAGACAGAUAGCCAUGUGGCACCAGCUCCACAUGUAGACACACCACGGUUACUGCCAACUGGAUUGCUGCCAGACCGCGGAGCCUGAGGAAAUAGCUGUACCUCAUCUUCCACCUUCCCAUCCACAGAAUGGCCAGGCACAGCACUCUUUCUAUGCCACCCUCCUUGGUUUCCUGCCAGAAGAAUGCCUCAUGCUAGCCCAGGAAGUGGUCCGAAAAAUUCAUUUAAGGGACAAUCUCCCAUCUCAUCAACAAUGUUGUCUCG